UGUUGGACCACAAUUCUAGUCUACCUGCUAUGGUCCUCUUCUGGGCCCACUGAUUUUCUUCUCAACUCUAUCUUGAAAUUUGUACGUACUAAGUGGAUACUACAUGGUGUUCGUUUAAUGUAUUUGAACUGUUCAUUUUGAUUUUGGCUGGCUCAGGCACUACAUAGGCACGGUCACACGGUACUUACCGGACACCCUAAAAUUUCUCCUAUAUAUCAUACUAUGAUACCCCAGAGUCCAGACCAGACAGAAAGAGCAAACUACUCCAUAUGCUCAAUCAUCGGAGAAGGAAGAAAGAAAGAUGAAGAUGAUGGGAGAGUCUUGGGCAGAACUGGGAUCAAGAAUUGCCGGCCUAAUGUUCGUCUGGGCCACAAUUCAACAGUUCUUCCCGCACCAGCUCCGAGCCUAUCUCGAUAAAGUGAGCGACAAACUUCUCGGAAUCGUUUACCCGUUCGUUCAGAUCACAGUCCACGAGUACACCGGCGGCAGGCGCAACGAGGUCUAUGCCGCCAUCGAGAGCUACCUCGGUGCCAAGUCCACCGCUCAAGCCCGGCGUCUCAAGGCCGACAUGGUCAAGAACAGCAAGUCUUUCGUCCUGAGUUUGGACAAGAGCGAGGAGGUCACGGAUGAGUUCAGAGGUGUCAAGCUCUGGUGGGUUUUGAAGGAGAGCGUCCGGAGCCCUACGACUUUUUCCCUAUAUCGCUCUGCUCCGGACGAACGAAAGUAUUACAUGCUCUCGUUCCACAGAAAAAACAGAGACAUUGUCGCCGGGGCGUACUUGAGUUAUGUCAUGGAAGAAGGGAAGGCGCUCGAGCUCAAAAACCGCCAACGGAAGCUUUACACGAACAAGCCGAACGAUAGUUGGGGCUGGGAAGGGAAGCAUUUGUGGAAUCACAUAGUUUUCGAGCAUCCGGCGUCAUUUCGGACGCUGGCAAUGGAUCCCAAGAAGAAGCAGGAGAUUAUCGAUGAUUUGAUCGCUUUCGGCAAGAGCAAAGAGUAUUACGCAAAGAUUGGGAAGGCUUGGAAGCGCGGGUAUCUGCUUUACGGCCCGCCGGGGACCGGUAAGUCCACCAUGAUCGCGGCCAUGGCUAAUUUCUUGAACUACGACGUUUACGAUCUUGAGCUGACGUCGGUGAAGAACAAUUCGGAUUUGAGGAAGCUGUUGGUGGACACGUCGAGCAAGUCCAUUAUCGUGAUCGAGGACAUCGAUUGCUCGCUCGACCUUACGGGCAAAAGGAUGAAGAAGAAGAAGGGGAAAAGUGGGGAGGAAGAACAGAACGACCCGCUCGAGGCGAAAGAGAAGGAGAACGAGGGAGACGACGGAAGCAAGGUUACGCUUUCCGGGCUGUUGAACUUUAUCGAUGGGAUUUGGUCUGCCUGUGGUCCGGAGAGGAUAAUCAUUUUCACGACUAACCACAAGGACAAACUCGACCCGGCUCUCAUUCGGAGGGGGCGAAUGGACAUACACAUCGAAAUGUCGUAUUGCAAGUUCGAAGCGUUCAAGGUGCUGGCGAAGAAUUACCUGGAUGUCGAUUCCCACCCUUUGUUCGAAACCGUGGGCCGUUUGCUGGAGGAAACAAGCAUGAGUCCUUGCGAUGUUGCAGAGAACUUGAUACCCAAGACGGCUUCGAAAGAGGUUGAGACUUGCUUGAACAACCUGGUUGAGGCUCUCAACAAGGCCAAGCAAACGGCUAGGUUGAAUGCUGAGAAAGAAGCGAAAACGAAGAAAGUAUCUGCUAGAAGAUAUAGUCGAUGGAUGAAGAUGAUUGGGAAGCUGAGGAGGAAAAAUGAGGACUGAAAAUAAAAAGUAACAACGAUUGUAGAUGAUAUUUCUUGUUCCUUAACCCGUAGAAGUUACGAAACAAGAUCGAAUCUAAUGAAUACAACGUUGUUUAAGUUUA